UUCUUAUACUGUUAUUUAUGUUUAUAACUGUUGAAACAUCUGCAUUUCUAAUUGUUACAGUUUGAUUUAGAAUUUUUAUUAACAAUACUUGAAGUUAAUUGACAAACGGGCGUACCAACAAUAUAUUAUUUUAUAAAUAUAUUUUUCUAAAAAUAAAUGCGGUCCCGCGACAGGUGUAAUAUUCGUGUGCGCCAUUAAUUUCCCGCCGGGUUGGCAUAAAUGAAAAUGUGUCAGCCGUUCCCCGUUUACCACUAGUCAUAUUCAAAUUAAUACAAAAACGCAUUUAGCCGACAUGAAAAGACUGUACGGACAAAAAAAAAUUGAAAAAAAAAGAAAGGAAUGAAAAAUAAAAAAACCGGUGGGACGAAACGAUGGGCAAACAAAGCAGAAGUGAAGUGGAAAAACGAUGCGAGUUACAGACAUGCAGAAAAUGUAAAGCCAGCGGUCGGAAAUGUUGGGAAAACACGGAAUCAGAACCGUAAAAGAAACGAUGUGUGCAAUAUGUAAUGACUAUGAAGACUUGGAUAAUAUUAAUUUUAUGUUUAAUCUACACCUUAACAGAAUGCGGGGCGAAUCUUCCACCUGUCUUCUCCAUGGACAUGAACAACUUGGCCAUAUCGGAAAAAACAGCUGUCGGCACCGUGAUUUAUCAGUUGGGUGGUAGCGAUCCGGAACAAAGUCCGGUGCAUUUCGAUCUUCAGGGCACCGACGUGCUGAAAGUCAACCCGGACACGGGCGACGUGACCGUCGUCAAGCCCCUGGAUUACGAGACAAACGACACGCUCAACCUCAUCGUCAGCAUCGAGGACGAAGUGGAGGGCAACGCCAAGAACAACAUCGUGGAGGAGCCAGUCACCGUCAUAAUACUCGACGAAAACGACAACGCCCCCGAAUUCCAAAAGGCGCCCUACGAAAUUCUUAUCGACGAAGACACCGCACCCGACACGACGGUGUUUUCCAAUAUCUCGGUGAAAGAUAAGGACACGACCGGAGCGAAUAUAGAGGUGGAAUGCAUAAAUUUACCCGAAUAUCAGGAUGCAUGCGAGACGUUCGGGGUGGAGGCGAUCGCCUCGUCGCAGAACUCCUACGUUGGCGCCGUCACGCUCAGGAAAAAACUCAACUAUGCCCAACAGCACAUAUACGAAUUCCUGUUGAAGGCUUCGGAUGGUGAAUUGAGCAGUACAACAAACGUGACUGUGAACGUGGGUGAUGUGCAAGACACACCCCCACGUUUCAUCGGAAACUUGACCUCCGAAGUCCUAGAAAGUGCCCCAAUAAACACCUUAGUCAUGAAAAUACAUGCUGAAGACGGAGACCGAGGUGUACCCAGAAAAAUCGUCUACGAAUUGGUCAACAAUCCAAUGGACUACUUCCUCCUGGAUCCAGUUACUGGAGAGCUGCGAACUGCCACCCCCUUAAACAAAGAGGCUAUCGACAAUCCUGAAGGAAAUCUGACGCUGAACAUUAAGGCCCGCGAACUGGUGGAAGGCGUAAAGGGGAAUGAUCCUCUUACCGUAACAGACGCCGUCGCAACAGUAAUCGUCAAGGAUGUUAAUGACGAACCUCCAGCGUUUAAUAAACGUGAAUACUUCGUCCAAAUUCCCGAAAAUAUACCGGAGGGAUCCUCGUUACCAGACCUGGAUAUGACCGUCAGGGAUCCUGAUGAGGGCAAUAACUCGGCGUUCUCGUUGGAAUUGAACGACAUCUCCGGCGCCUUCUCCAUCGAGCCCCAGAACGCAAUCGGCUCGACCCCCGUCACAAUACGGGUGAUCAAUAACAAUCUGGAUUACGAGGACCCCAACAGAAGGAAAUUCAUCAUCCUGGCGGUAGCCAGGGAGUUGUACACCGAAGAGAAACUGUCGUCCACCGCCACCAUCACUGUGUCCGUGUUGGACGUCAACGACAACCCCCCCAGCUUCGAUCAGGAGGGCUAUUCGGCCACCAUAUCUGAAAUGGCAUCGCCGGGAACGUUGGUCUCCACUAUAGUGGCCAAAGACAGAGACAGCGGACGUUUUGGUGAAAACGGAAUUAUAUAUAAACUAGCAGGAAAUGGGGCGGACAAGUUUACCGUCAACAACAGGACCGGAACCGUGUCCGUAGCGUUCUGCGAGAAUCCUGGGCAGGAGGACUGUUUAGAUUACGAAACCAAGUCCGAAUAUCAACUGCAAUUUAUCGCCACCGACGACGACGGCACAGGCCAAACCACCAUAGUCCCGUUGAAAGUCACGCUGACUGACAGCAACGACAACUCACCUGUGUUUAAUCAGCCGAUAUACCGCGUGUUCGUUAACGAGGGCGCCGUCAAAUUCGACCCCGAUCUGAUAGUGGAGGCCCGGGACGCUGACAAGACGUCGCACAUUACGUAUUCCAUUGUCGCCGGUAACGAGAUGAACUUGUUCAGCAUAGAUCCGAAGCUGGGCAAAAUUAGAAUAUCAAACAACAAAGGUCUGGAUGUCACGAACGAUACUGAUAACGUUAUCGUGCUCACAGUGUUGGCUAGUGAUGGAAAGUUUACCUCCACGGCGAUGGUAAACAUAACAAUUCGUGACAUUAACAAUAACGCCCCCAAAUUUGAGAAAGAAAACUACGUGGAAUCAGUAAAAGAAGACCUGCCUGAAGGCUCCUCCAUUAUCCAACUCCAGGCUACCGAUGCCGACAUGGGGUUGAACGCAGAAAUCGAAUACUCAAUCCAAAAAGGGUCGUACGACGACUUUUCCAUAGACAACACAACUGGCCUAAUAAAAAUCGUCAACAAACUAGAUUUUGACCGUAGAAACACGUACAACUUGGAGAUCACGGCUGAAGACCACGGAGAACCUCCCCUAACUGGGACCACGACGUUAACAAUCAACGUCAUCAACACCAACGACAAGAUGCCGUACUUCAAGCCGACCACUCAAAAGGCAGAAGUUAUGGAGGACGCAGCUGUUGGUACCGUUGUACACUCCCUAAUAGCCUUAGACCCGGACGUUAACACUUCGGAAGCCUUGAAUUUUGCUGCAACUGAGCCGAUUACAGCUUUGGACAAGCACGGAAACGAAGUGGAGGGAACGGAGGUGUUCAAAGAGUUCUUCUCCGUCGAUAGAAACACCGGGAAGGUGACGGUUAUGAAUCCUCUUUUGAGGGACGUCGCUGCUGUUGUUAGAAUUACUGUGUUAGUCACGGAUAUUACCGCACCAAACGUACAACAAGGACAAGGUCUUUUAAUUAUCACCAUUGGUGAUGUUAACGAUUCGCCCCCAGUUUUCUUGCCACCUUGGACUUUGGAAAAGCCUGAGUACAAUUUGGAACUUAAGGAGGAACAACCGGUUGGUACCAUUGUGGCCACGUACACAGCUACUGACGAGGACUCAGACAUAGCAGGAUACAUAAUAAAGCCAGAAAGUGAGUACUUCCAAAUUAAUAAUGGUACCGGAAUAGUCCAAAUCAAGAAACAAAUCGACUACGAAACAACCAAACAAAUCAACUUCACAAUCAUCGCCUUCGAUUCCGGAAUUCCCCAACUCAACGCCACCGCCACGGUCAAAGUAAAGGUCAUCAACCUCAACGACAAUGACCCAGUGUUCACAGCCGAGCAGUACAACGCCAGCAUCGACGAGAACUCACCCAACGGCACCUUCAUAACCAUAGUCAAAGCCACCGACAAAGACGCCGACGAGUACGGCCAAAUCACCUACAGCUUGACGGGGGAGCACAGCGAGAACUUCCAAAUCAAUCCGCAAACUGGCGAAAUAAACGUGGCCAACCAGAACUUCUUCGACCACGAGGUCAUCAACGAGACCGUCAUUCAGGUUGUGGCCUCCGAUGGUGCGCCGGGCAAUCUGAAGAGGUCCAUAACGGUGCCGUUGAACGUGCAAAUUAGAGACGUGAACGACAAUUCACCUCAGUUCUCGCAUCACGAGUACAACGUCACGGUUAUAGAGAACGUGAGGCUGAAUCCUCCCAUGCCUUUGAUCCAGUUGAACGCCACCGACGAAGACUCCGGAGUCAACGGGCAAAUACACUAUAAUAUUAUUGGGGGAAACGACAAUGACAUAUUUUUGAUUGGCGUUGAAACUGGCAUACUUUACCCUCACAAGUCUUUGCUGGGUCAAACCCGCAACUUUAAGUUAGUGGUUGAAGCAAGGGAUGGGGGUGGUAAUGGACAGAAUACAGACAGAGCAACUGUAAACGUUCAGGUGCUAAACGUAAAUGAAUAUGAACCCUUGUUUAUUAUGCCAGCCCUGCCCAACGCCACCAUUGAAGUUACUGAGAAUACUGCGCUGGAAGAUUACUUGGUGAUGACAGUGAAGGCCACAGAUAAAGACGAAGGGGAGAACGGAAGGAUAACGUAUCAUUUUAAGAUAGACGGAGACAACGUCCAAGAAACCAAGGAGUUUUCAAUUAACUCCAACACCGGAGAAUUGAAAACGAAAGAAACUUUAGACAGAGAAGUUCAAGCAAAAUAUGAGUUGACUUUAGUGGCCAGAGAUCAUGGUUCACCAAAGUGGUUCGAGACGGUGAGACACCUGACCAUAUUACUCGUGGACACAAACGACAACAGACCAGAGUUCCCUGAUUCAAAGACUGCUAACCCUUACCACUUUUAUGUGACUGAAAACAACGAAAAAGACUUGAGGAUAGGACAGGUUAAAGCUUUGGACCGGGACGAAGGUACUCACGCCAAGGUUUACUACUAUUUGCUGUCAGGCAAUGAAAACAAUGGGUUCUACCUCGAUAGAACUGAUGGAAGUUUGUACACCAAUGCUACUUUCGACAGAGAAGAAAAGGAUGAGUACUUCUUGUUGAUUUUGGCCAACAACGACCCGGAGUUUUACCUUCCUGAAGACGACAAGAGCCGCCUAGAUGAAGAAGAAAUAAUGCACGACAGUAGCAUAGCUAAAGUACUAAUAACCAUUAACGACCUAAACGACAAUGCUCCACAGUUUGAGCAAAAAAUUUACCACACUGCAGUGAACGCAAUGGCAAACAUAAACGAAUUCGUAACGAACGUGACAGCCUUUGACCCCGACGCCGGAGUCAACGGAUCCUUAACGUAUUACAUUAAAGCUUCCAACCUGUACAAAUACGGCUCCAACACCAGCUCAGGCUCAAUAAUCCCUUCACCGUUUAACAUAUCGCAAAGGGGGGAAAUCUUCACCGCCACUUAUUUAGCUGAAAACAACCAACACAGAUUCGUCAUAGACAUCGUGGCCAAAGAAGACGCCUUCCCGGAACGGGAGUCGGUCACUCAAGUGCACGUGUGGAUAUUUGAGCCGGAACAGCUCAUAAGGAUAAUCCUGUCGAGGCCUCCGGAGGAAGUAACCAGGGAAAGGAACGAAAUCCUUGCGGAACUGAGCAACGCCACGCAAAGCGUCAUAAUAAUAGACGAAAUACGUUACCACACAAACGACGUCGGUUACAAAAAUGAAGAGUGGUCGGACCUGUACAUCCUAGCGGUUGAUCCGAAGACCCGCACCAUCAUCCCCGUGCCUGAAGUGCUUAAAGUGAUCGACUCUAAGUAUGACUUCCUGAAGGACUACUACGCAGGAUUUGCCAUUGAGAACGUGGUGCCGGCCUUUGUUACUGAAAAGGAUGAAUCCUUCGAUCCGGCUUUGGCUGCCCUUAUUGCCCUGUUGAUAGUGUUGUUCGUGGGAAUUAUAUCGUUUAUCAUCGUGUGUUGUUGCCUAAGACAUUGGGUCAUCUCACCCACGGAUUUGAAGAAGAAGGAUGCCCUCAUUAAAAAGGCCAUCAUUGACGACCUGAACACCACUGAAAAUCCUCUUUGGAUAGAGCAGAAAUUGAAGAUUUACGAGGAGCAGGAGCUGACGAUGCAAGUCUUCAAUGAGCCAGAACAGAACGUGAUGAACCGCAGGAACAGCGACGACUUUGUACCUGACGACAACACGUACGCCACAAUCCAGCACCCCAACAGAAGGGGAUCAUCCCACAUGGCUACGAUGUCGCUGGGGGAUGACCUAGCCGACUACGCCACGUUGUCUGGAGUACCGCACCACUCUGGCAGUAAUCACAGCUCACUUAGGGGGGCCCCCAAUUACUACGAGGCUGCCAUGGGUUUCCAAGGGUCGACAUUCCAAGUGCCAGAUAAACUUAACUCGAGUCAAAGCGACUACGACACGUUUCGUGCCCACUUCAAGGGAUCAGAACUAACCAUCAACCAUGACGGGCAACCGGAAUAUGUUGCCGAACUGAUUUAGGUUACGUAUUGUGACAAUUUUUAUGAAAUGUGACUGUUUCACUGUAAUGACAAUAGAAGAUUUAUGAGGAAGUGCUGUUCGAAUACUCAUUAGAUUUAGAUUUGUUUGGAUAUUUUGACAGGCAACGAAUAUAAUUGAUGUGCGUGAGGGUUGCUGUUUUGUGUCAUACCUCCAGUUUCCUAAGACCCUAAUUCAAUCUUCUUCCGUCCUUCUGAUCUUAUGUAUUUACUUGUCUGUGUAAUUCUGGGACACACUCAAUUGUUAAUUGUAACUAGAGCUUCGGUUAAAAGUGGGUUCUUGUCCAUUUUUAUCAUAGACUGUUACGACCUUUAGAUACUAGUCUGUCAAAAUAUUUAAUAUUUUUCUCAAGGUAUAUUUAAACUUGGUUUAACUAAAUUCAUCAACUUAUUAAUUUGUGUUUUAUUAUCUCACUUUAACUAUAGCUAAUAGACGAGGAAUAUUAUCUCUUAUUUUCAUAGGAUUUAGUGAAACCAACUUGUGUAGAGUUAGACAGUUUUAUUAACAGCAGUUCUUUCUAAUAAAUCACGAAAGAAAACAGUUUUAUUCUAGAAAAAGUGAUAUAAAAAGUUUAGUGUAAUUGAUUUUAUAUUUUAUAUAUUUUUAAUAAUUAUUUAUUAAUUUAAUUUUAGUGACAAUUUUAAAAUAAUUUUACAUAAAAAUUGCCAUAUCAAUUUUAAUUAUUUAAGAUUUGUUCAGGUUUAUAUUUGUAUUUUUUCAUAAAAGUUUAGGACGAAAUUGAACAAUUGUAUACAUUUGUACAUACAUAUAAAUAAAUAUCUUUAUGUA